AUGGAGAAACCGCAUUUUAUACUGCAGCUCGGAACAAUCGUAAAGAAAUUGCUGAACUUCUUAUUUCACAUGGUGCUGAUAUCAAUGAAAAAAAAAAAUAAAAAUGGAGAAACCGCAUUUUAUACUGCAGCUCGGAACAAUCGUAAAGAAAUUGCUGAACUUCUUAUUUCACAUGGUGCUGAUAUCAAUGAAAAAAAAAAUAAAAAUGGAGAAACCGCAUUUUAUACUGCAGCUCGGAACAAUCGUAAAGAAAUUGCUGAACUUCUUAUUUCACAUGGUGCUGAUAUCAAUGAAAAAAAAAUAAAAAUGGAGAAACCGCAUUUUAUACUGCAGCUCGGAACAAUCGUAAAGAAAUUGCUGAACUUCUUAUUUCACAUGGUGCUGAUAUCAAUGAAAAAAAAAUAA